CUGACGUCACACCCCGGCCUCUCCAGUCUGGAGACCUCCCCGCCUGCUUCUCUUUCUCGCUCCCUGCCGCGGCCUGGCUUCCGGUUUCCGGCCUCUGUGUAUCUGGGGUAGUGCUGCGGAUCAUGGUGCUCAUCAAGGAGUUCCGCAUUUUGCUACCCAUAAAUGUGCCUGAGUACCAGGUAGGGCAGCUGUAUUCUGUAGCCGAAGCCAGCAAGGACAACACAGGAGGAGGGGAAGGGAUUGAGGUUCUAAAAAAUGAACCUUAUGAGAAGGAUGGGGAGAAGGGCCAAUAUACCCACAAAAUCUACCACUUACAGAGUAAAGUCCCCACUUUUGUUAAAAUGUUGGCCCCGGAAGGAUCCUUGGUGUUUCAUGAAAAAGCCUGGAAUGCGUAUCCAUACUGCCGCACAAUUGUAACAAACGAAUACAUGAAAGAUGAUUUCUUCAUCAAAAUAGAGACUUGGCAUAAACCGGACUUUGGUCAGCAGGAAAAUGUACACGGUUUAGAUGCUGAGACCUGGAAGGAUGUAGAGGUUGUUAACAUCGAUAUUGCAGAUCGCUCCGUUGUCUCUGAUGAUGAUUACAAGCCAGAGGAGGACCCUGCAAUCUACAAGUCUGUAAAGACAGGGCGUGGUCCGUUAAACAAGGAUUGGCAAAAAGAACUGGCCAAUAACCCCUCAUGCCCUCAUAUGUGUGCCUACAAGUUGGUGACCGUCAAGUUCCGUUGGUGGGGUCUUCAGUCCAGAGUAGAGAAAUUCAUCCAAAAACAAGAGAAGCGUCUGUUUACCAACUUUCACCGGCAGCUCUUUUGCUGGUUGGACCGGUGGGUAGAUCUUACAAUGGAUGACAUUCGCCGGAUGGAGGAUGAGACACAGAGGGAACUAGAAGAGUUGAGACAGAAAGGAACAGUCCGAGGAAUGAGCGCAAAGGAUGAAUAGACUUCUGUGCCCCUAGAAUUAGCAGAUUCCUCCCUGCGGAACCUGAUCUCUCUCCUCUCAUCCUGUGGCCUGAGCGUUGACACUGGUAAAAGAACUGAUGACCAAGUUGGUUCUCCCUUCUCCGCUGACUGACACCUUCAUGUCCUCGGCCACUAAAAUUCUGUCUGGAUCAACUUCCUUCUGUUUGGAAAAGAAUUUCUCAACCGCAGCGGAUGCAACUUGGCUCCUGUAACCCCUUUGUUACCAGUGAAGCGCACUGCAGUAUAUUGCAAGAGGCUUUAGGUCCUCCGUAACAAAACGGUUAAAAGUUCUUUUCAGACUUUGCCCGGUAUAAUCUGCACCAUAAAGCACUUUGUGGGAACAAUAAUGAAAUAAAACGUUAUCUGUAGGUCUGCUACUGUGUUAACCCAUUAUCUGCUGAAAAUGCAAAUCGUGCAUUGUGGGAGAAGCCACGUGAUUGGCUAUGGAGUCUCAGCCUUUUUUGGGGGUUGUAUUCUCUAGAACGGUGUGGCGAUAAAUUCUGCUUUCCAUUGUGCUUUGUAAAUAAACUCUAGCACAUUCAUGAUUUAUUGAUACUAUACAUACAAGUGCAUUUACAGUGGGUUGUAACCAUUCAAGGUCUUGCCAUUUCAGCUGUUGAUGGGUUAACCGCAGGAGGCCAACCCCAGUGAUCAAGGUUUAGCCAGUCAGCCCAGCUUGAGAGGAGUCAGUGGUGCAGCUCUGUGCUGAGCGCCACUUUCUUCAGCUGCACUCAAAGUGCCAUUAUCAGGUCUCAGAGUAGGGGAUGAUGCAUUACAUUGCGAAGGGACCAUAUGGGUUGGUUAUUGGGGGCUGGUUUUCAUGGGGUGGGGAGGAAUAUUUAGUAUUUUUUUUUUAAUCACAUCAUGUGAUGACAUUUAUGAAAAUAAACAAUGACCAGAACCGUC